AUGGGUGAACGCGUGGACGAGCUGGUAGCCAAUCCCCUGGCUUGGAAAAGCGUGCUCGCCGAGUGCGCACGCGAUCCCGACGCCCUGGGCGCUGCUCUAGCAGACGAUGCGGACCGUGUCGCUCAAAGUCUUUUGGAAUUAUCAUGGCAGGAUGCAGCUCUGCGCCAUGCCCUUCGUGCCCUGGCCAAUCUAAGCAGUGCAACCCUCCCCGAUGAUGUGGAAGCCCGCCUGUAUGACCAGCUCUAUAUCCCCGUCCUCGCCCGCUUCGGCACCUGUCUCCUAUGCGUCCGCACCGCCCCCUCCUUGGAAUCCCAUGCGCCCGCCGCCACCAUGAUCUUUCUAAACUGCAUUGUCAAGCGGCGUGCCUGCCGUCGCCUGCCCGGCCCCGCCUGUCUGGAUAUGCUCAUGCUGCGCGCCCUUUUGUUUCUCAUCCAGCAACGUGCCCCUCUGGCUUCGCCGCCCGACAAUGACAGUCAAAGCGAACCUGCUGACGAGCCUGCCCGCCCCUCUGACCUCACCCUGGAUCUGGCCCUCGUUGCCAUACUUCUCCUGCCCCGCCUGCCUUGUUUCCCUGACGUCCUUCGCUUCCUCGACAUGGCUCAGCUUGGGGACCCCACGGUGAACCCAGAUACAGCCGACGCCAGCAGCGAAGGCUACGACCUCAGUCCCGACCUUCCGCCAGAAUUACAACGUGAAUGGGAUGCAGCCACCGCUGCCAUUCGCAGUGGCGUACGCCCCGAUCCUGAUGUUGCCCACCCCACUGCCGCCAGCUCUGUCGAGCUUCCGGAAGACCUCUGCUAUCGUGGCCUCGAAGAGGCCGAGCGCCUCGAUGCUCGAGAGCUGACCCUCCGUCUCAUCCACGUGAAAUCCGAGCUGGUGGCUAUUCUUGCCAAGCGCCUGCCCGACAUGCAUCUCGACCCCACGGUACAUGACGACGACCGAGUGACCAUUGAAGAUAGCCAUGAGCCUCGCAUGGCCCUGCCGAACCUGCUGCACCUGGCUCGCCACGCGCUUCAACUCCUAGCCCUCCUGCAUGAUAUUGAAGCCUGGCGGAACGACGGGCUGCAACCCAUUCAAUCGCAAACGCAUCUCCUGCUCAUUGCCCUUGCCACCACCGCCCUUCACGCCGACACGCCACUGAAGCUGGAGCUAGGUCAAGCUCUGUUGCCGCGCUUGGUACCAGCUCUGCUCGAGAUCCGCAGCUGGUACACGCCGAGUGGUCGCGAUACCGUCGUCCCCCUUCCUCGACGUGGUUUCCUAAGCAUCUGCCUCCGCCUUGUGGGCAACCUCUUGGCCGACUGUCCCGACAAUGUCACGCUUCUUCGCACCCAUGGCGGCAUUCCGGCUGUCAUGUCUUUCAUGUGCCACGACACGUUUCAGCCCCAACUUUAUGAAUGGACGGCUCUGGCCAUCCGGCACAUCUGCGCAGCUGGUCCAGAGAAUCUCGCGGUGGUCCAGGACGUGCAGCGAGCCGCUGCAGAUGCUGCCGAGCAGCACCUACAGAAUAAAGUGCAGGAGCGCUGAGCCUGUGGGCACCUCGUACUUUGGAGCCUGCCGACCCGUGUUCAUAUUCUGCGUGUAAUUGAGGAUUUUGCCUG